GGGAAACAUUCCAGCCAUGUGACAAUCAAGCAUUGAGAACAAUGAGGUUUAUGACAAGCCUAGCAGAGAGAGGUUUUUCAAAGUUUCAAGGUCAAGAUAUGAUAAGAGAUUCAGAGGAAAGUGUUCUGGUGGAUGACUGGCUGACAUCUAAACAAGAUCUAUUGGACACAUCAGAUGAAGAGCUGAACGAUGACCUUUUGCGUAGCGAUGAUGAGAACGAAACUAUGAGAUGUCACAAUGAAAGCAUUCCUAAACCAAAACUGCAGGUGAUUGCAAAACCUCACCUUGUUUGCGAAACUCCACACCUUGCUGAAGUCCAAGCUACAUGUCCUAAAGAAGAGGUGGAGGUGGACCCCGGUGAAGUUUUAGACAUAGAAAUCAAUGCUCCUUCUGGAGAUGAAUUUCAAGGUGGAUCUGAGUUGCAAGAGGGUCUCGCUCCUCAGCCCUCUGGGCGUCAUCUCACACGCUCCUGCAGGGGACAGCUUGCCCCAGAGGAAACCCUCACUGGACCCUCCCGCAGUCCUGAGCCAGUGUUCCCAGGACAGCAUAUGUUUGAUCAACAACACUCUGCUUCAGUCUUGGACACUAAUCCGCUCCUAGCUGGACCUACUCCCACGGGCUCCAUUCAGCCUCCGGGAAAUGAGAGUGACCCCUGGAGGCCCAGUCUAGCUUUGCAGGGGCCCACGGAUCUGUCAAAGCCUGGGACUCCCCACCGUGGGCAAAAGCCUCUCCAGAAACAUCCAUCAGCGCAGUCUGGCUGCUCCUUUACUGCUCCCUCUGGACCACAGGCACAGAAACCUGCUGUGCUGGUAAGAGCUGUUGCCAGGAUGGUGCACUGUGCCAAGCCAAUGGCUGUUGCCAGGGGGAUGCCCAUUGCCGCAAGGCAGCCAGCAAGUGCCAAGUCUAAGAUAUCUGCCAAAACUCCACCAGCGCCAGGGAUGGUGGGAAGAAAUGUGGGUCAGAAGGUCAAGGUGCAGGCCCAAACUCCUCCAGCUACUCAAAAACUUCCCGCAAAGCCGCUAAACAUGACAAACAACAAAGAGUGUGAAGAGGAGGCGUUCUACAUGGAGAGGCUGCGGGAGCAGAUGCGACUGAGGGAGCAGGUUAUCAAACAGAAGGAAAGGAUGAGAUCUAGACGGACGGCAAACAAGAAGCAUCUGCGGCAGGAGCGAUUCCAAACUGAUAGUUCCACCGGACACUGGAACAACAACCAAAAUCAACAGACACAGCCGUGUGUCUUGGGUUCUUGCCCUCGGAAGGUUACGCACCAGCAGCCCUUCCAUAAUCCCCCUUGGUGUCUCGUCCUGGAGCGCCAUCCAGAAAUCCAGCCCUUGCCUUCACAGCAGCAGCAGUACCAGGUUGUAGUACCCUCAUUUCAGCCAUCAUGGCAGCAAGCUCCACCGACACAAGGGACUCCAUCAGGCCGUGCAGAGCUGCAGCGUAACCAGCAUCAUCAGAGGGGCACAGGCAGGCUGGUGUUACAGGGAAUGGAGCAAGUCCUAGAUCAGAUGAACCAACAGUACAGUAUUGAUGAAGUCUGGCGAGGACACAAGAGGAAGUGUGAGCAGAGAACUUCUGACGGGCCUGUUCCCACCAAAAUCAGAGUGGUCAAACACCUCAGCCCAGUUAGUGUGGGUUGUGAUCUCACACCACAAAUGAGCGAAGAGACUUACGCGGUGACUAAAACGAAGCACAGAAUUGUCACCUUCAGACUGCCUGAUUCAUCGCCACCUUCAUUUCUGCAACAGAGUCUCAACUUUAACUGUCCCAAACAGGGAAGGGGAUCCGGCCCAAACCAGCCCCAGGAUGAGGUGGCUGUCAGGGGAAACCAGCCCAGCGCUUUCAUACCCUUCAGUUCCGGCUUGAGAACAGAGUCUGUUACUGCUCAAACCCAUGUCAACUUCAUUGUAAGACUAAACCUCUGAAUUUCUUGGAGAUCAAGCCUUAUCCAACAAAAUGCUAAGUAGAAAAUGUUCAGUGUUCCCACAGGUUUGGCAACGUUUUUGUUAUGAUGCAAUAUUUGCCGUUUUUGUGAUUGUUGAAGACAGUGGUUUGGCAUUUUGCUCCUUGGUUUCCAUUAAACACCUACACUG